CAUCAAUGGUGCCAGCUAAUUCAGUGGCUGUUAUAUUUACGUUAACAAUUGCUUGUAGCUUUAUAAAUCUCAGCUCAUGUCGAAUGCCUUACAAUCAAAUGGCUUCAGAAAUCGAUACAACUCUACCACCAAUUGAAAAAAUAAACUCAACAAUAUCAACUAGUCAACUGAAUGAGUCGUCUGAGGUGGAUGAGGACUACGAAUCUUUAAAUCCGGAUAAUCAUGACAAAGAAAAUAAUUUGGAAAAGCAGAAAAAAGCGACAGAAAAUUUCCACCAGGGAACGCAAGAAAAAGACUACAAAAUUUUGUUUGAUGCGAAGACAUUGCUUGAGAAUAAAUUAUCAGCAUCACUAUUGGAAAAUAAUGAAUUGAAUAAUAAAUUAUUGCAACUUAAUAAUACACUGAAAAAAAUCAAUCAAGAUAAAGAACAAACACUUGCUGAGUAUUCAAAAAUAAAUAAAAAAUAUACUAAAAGUUUGGAAGCUUUAUUAACUUGUGAAAAUCGUGUUUCAUCAUUAACCGAUCAUCAAGUAAACUUGGAAAAAAAUUUAACAAUACUUGAACUAAAAAUAAAAAAUAAAACUGAUGAGGUUGAUCGACUGAAAAAUGAACAGUCAAAUGAAUUACAAAUAAAUCAGAUAAAACAAUUAAAAGCAAUAGAAAAUGAAUAUCAAUCAAACUUGACAAAUAAACAGCCGGAAGUUAAAACGUUGGAAGAAAUAUUAUUCGGAAUAAGUGAAAAAGAACGUGUUGAAUCAGCCGAUUUAUUAAAAAUAUUAAUGUUCAUUAUGAAAUUCAAUGAAGAUAAUGUACCAGAUAAUUUAUUGGAGAAGAGACAACAAUUAUUUGAAAAAAAAUAUAAUGAACGCCAGACAGUUGUAGUCGAUGAUUUACGAAAACGAUUUGAUGAUUUUGCUUUAACGUCUCCCAGCCAAUUUUCUAAUAAAUAUUUCUGUAACCAAAAGAUAUCUUAUUAUGAUUCAGCUAUUUGUGCAUUGCUCAGUAAUGAUUCGUAUUAUGAUAAAAUUGAUCUCAGAAGAAAAAAUUUGGUUGUUGUUCCAAAAGAUAUAUUCACUGGCUUCGGACAUGUUGAACAAAUUUAUUUGUCGUCCAACAGACUAUAUUAUCUUGAGUCAGGUACUUUUAAUAAUUUAUCAAAUCUACACAUACUUGAUAUUAACAACAACAAUCUAACUGAAUUAUCGAGCGAUAUAUUCAAUGGUCUUGAAAAACUCAUAUUUUUAGACCUAACAAUGAACAAACUAAAUUCUAUUCAACCAGGUGCCUUUAAUAAUUUAUCAAAUCUUGAAACACUUAUUAUUGACAACAAUCAUCUAACAGCAUUAUCUAGCGAUAUAUUUAAUGGUCUUGAAAAACUCGAAGAGUUAACACUAUCAUGGAAUAAUAUAACUUUCCUUCAACCAGGUACAUUCAGCAAUUUAUCAAAUCUUGAGAAUCUUAAUAUUCACCAUAACAAUCUAACAGAAUUAUCAAGUGAUAUGUUUGAUGAUCUUAAAAAACUUGAAAUAUUAUAUCUAUCAUCGAAUAAACUAAAUUCCCUUCAACCAGGUACCUUUAAAAAUUUAUCAAGUCUAAGGAAACUUGUGUUGUUCCAUAAUCAUCUUACAUCAUUACCGAAAAACAUAUUCACUGGUCUUAAAAAUCUUGAAGCGCUGGACUUGUCGAACAACCGACUAAGUUAUCUUGAUUCAGAUAUUUUUAACAAUUUACCAGCUAUUUAUCAUCUUAGUAUUUCGUUUAACAAUUUAACAAUAGAUUCUAAAAAUAUAUUGAUGCAUGAGUAUAGGUUUCCAAAUUUUCAUUUGCGAUUUUGAAAUUGAUAAAAUUCUAUAUCAAAAGCGACAUA